UGAACCAUGGCUGACUUUGACCACAAUCUCAGUCUCGCGGAUGCCCUGACAGAGCCGCCCCCACAGAUCGAGGAGGAGGUGAAGCGGGAUUUCAUGGCCACCCUAGAAGCGGAGAAGUUUGACGAUGUGGUGGGAGAAAAAGUUGGCAAAACGGACUACGUCCCUCUGCUAGACGAUGAUGACGUGAAGGCUGGGACCCAGGAGGCGAAAACCAAGCCCCAUGCUGAUGGCGUUCAGGUGGAACGUGCUUCAGCUACUGGGCCUGCAGCUGUGGUAGAGAACGGCGAUCAUGGAAUAGAAGGCAGCAGGAAGGUGUCUCCAGGAAAAAUCAUGGAUGAUCAAAUUUCCUACAAGGAAUUUCUAGACCGCAAUGACUCGUGGAAGAUGGAUGAAAGGGAUCGAUGCUUUGAUUCUCAGCUAGUAUUUAAGCCUACAGAUAUGUCAGAACCGUUUACGAUGAACCGCGAAGACGUCCUGUCCGACCUGCUGCUGCUUCCUCAGGAAAUGACGGGCAUGCCGACUUUCGGGGACUAUUUUGGAGAAUCAAGUGAAUAACACAAACCUACCUUGUUUCUUCCAGUGCCUUAUGGAUCUGCAGGGGUACCCGAGCAGCCCCCUCUGGGGCCCCCACAUUCUCCUGCAAAUGUUUUUGACCCACUGGCCUUCCUUGGUGAGGAUCUGGGGGCAGAGUCUCUGCUGAUCCAGAACGAAGCAGUACCUGCAAGUGAAGUGGGACUUCCGGAAGAUUUCUUUUCGGGAACUCGGCCCUUAGUUGAGGCACAGGAAACCCCCUUCUUUGAGCCUCCAGUUCCCAGCAAGAUCCCCGAAGCAGCAGAGCUACACUUACCAGGAAGUGCUGUAAUGGGUUUCACAGAUCUCUUGGGAGAACCUCAACCACCAGAGGCAAAGCCGUGGGCCCCAGCAGGCAGUGCAGGUCCCGCCUCUACAGUGGGAGAGCUGGUGGGAUUCGAACCUUGGUUUGACCAGAGGUCACUUCCUCCGGAGGAAGCUCCAGCAACCUCUCCGGAAGCCACUAUGACCAAGGAUCAAAAAACAAAGGCCAUGGAGUCAGCAGCCCCAGCUGUGGAAAGUGCUGCGCUGGAGAAACAGGAGGAAAAGAAGACCCUGCUCAGCCAACACAAGGAGAAGGAAAGCAGCAGCCCGUUUCCCGGGCUGCAGACAGACGAGGCAGCAAGCAAACCCAGCGAGAAGGGGAGCGAGAGCAAGGCGGAAGAGGUGGCUAAACCUCCUCCCAGCCAGAAAGCAGAAGAGAAGAAGCCCUCUCCCCCUGUCCUCAAUACGGAGGCAAGAGAGAGUGAGUUGCUCAUCCAGAAAGUGGAAGAAACCAAGACCGCUCCCAGCCAGCAUACAGAGAAGGUAGAAGAGAGCAAGGCCUCUUUCAGCCAGCCUGCCGAGGAGGCAGCCACUAAACCACUUAGUCAGAAAGUAGAAGAGGCCAAGCCUUCUCCCACCCGGCACUCAGAGAAGGCCCCGCCUAGUCCACCCUCAGGAAAGCAGAAAGAACAUCAGCCCCCCUUCUCGCCCAGCCAACCUGUGGAGCACCUUCCUGUGCUGGAGAAACCUGAGGAGAGGAGCAAGGAAGCUCCCAGCAAGCCUGCCGAGAAGCAAGAGGAACAUAAGCAGUCACCAGCUAAACCUGUGGAGCGCCUCCCAGAACCUGAAGCAAAAGAGUCCAAGGAGCCCGUGCCUCUGGGAGAGCCCAAAGCGGAACCGAAGGAACCCUUCCCAGGAGCAGCAGCUCUUGACCUCGCUGGAGCAGACAAGCCCAAGGAAGUACCUGGCCAGCCUGUGGAGCAGCCCCAGGAGAAAGCCCCUCGGGAUCCUGAAGGUGUAUCUGCUGCCCAAGUCAGACAAGCUAACAAAUCCAGUGACCAUCGCAGGUUUGCCAAAGCAAAGCCUGCUCGAGUACCUCUUGCAGAUUCCCCAGAGGAGCUUCUUGCACACUUUCCAGGACAGAGGAGCCAAGGAGAAGACCUCUUUGCCAUGCCCGAAUGGGGCUAUGUCACUGGGACAUCCCCACGGGGCAAGCCUGCUCCCAGGAAAAUCAUCGGCCAGCUCUUUGAGCUUGGGGAGGGCCAGAAAGAUGUCUUGAAAGAGAGCUGGGAUCUGGAAACGUCUGCAGCGCUGAAGAAGAAGAAGAAGAAGCCAAAGCAGAAGAGAAGCCAGCACCCCAGGUCAGUGGAAACAUGGGAGGAAUCCCCUGAACGGCUGAGAACUCCCCUUUCUGCUGAUGAGCCCCAAAAAUUUGACGCCCCACUCACUGUGCCUCAAGAGGUCACAGGUAUCUCCACAGGAGUUCUUUGGAAAGAUACUUCUAAGCACGAAAUGGAGUGGCAACCCUUGGACGCUCAGAGCCUUUCCUCAGCUCCUGUUAAAAGAGAGCCAAUCCAGCACAUCGAAGGUUCUUUGAAACUCAAGCUGGAUGGAGAAGCAGUACAGCUUGGCAGAGCAGAAGUGAUAAGCGAUGACAGAGCUAAGUUGCUGUCAAAAAGCAGGAAGAAAGGAUUUCCCAAGGAGCAGGUGAAGGGCCUUGCUGAGCCAAAUAAACCAGGAAGCCCCACGUCCCCACCAGCACAAGCCAGCCCCAUGGCAAUAAGCAUCUUUGGGGAAAACAUGAAAUGGGAGGGUCAGCCUCCCAAGAAUGUGGGCCUGGGCACACCUGUGUUAGAAGCCAAGCCCACUGUAAGCAGCCCCGUGGCUUCAAGUGUGGAAGCAGCAAAACCAGCAGAUGUGGCUGAAAAGGAGGGUCCGACUGCUGGCAGUGGGGUCUGGGAAGGGAAACCCAAGCAGCAAGGCAGUGACGGAAAAGGCAGAAGGGCUGGCAAGGAAGCUGCCAGUUCUCCAUCGGAAAGGGAGGCAGUGGAAGCGUCCAAAGAAGAGACCUUCCCCGGUGAGGACAGCCCAGCGGCGUCAGAGCCAGCAGCGCCAGCGAAAGCAAGGACUUUGCCAGAUGACACAGACAGGAGCAGCCCAGUAAAAAGUGAAAAGUCUGCUUUUGGCUCCGGAGAAGAAGAUCCCUUUUCCAGGAAAGCUCACCCAGUUCCAGGGAAGCCUCCAGCCCCCGUUGAGGUUCUUGGGGGUGGAAAAGGGCCUUUGGCUGAUGCAAAUGAGGCCGUCUGCUCCAGUCCGUCCGAAAAGUCAGCCGUGGCUGUUCCCAGGGCAGCAGCUGAUCAGCCUAAGAAGAGGAGCAGUGAUGGGAAAAGCAGGAAAGCGAAAGACUACUCAGAACAGCAGCUGCUGCUUUCAGAGGAGGCACUGGAUUUGAGGCAGGGCCUGGCUGCGGAGGAAGGGGCAGUGCUCCGCGGAACGGGCCUCAGUGCCACGAGCCACUCUGGCCUCACGGAGAAUAAAGUGGCUCAUGGCUCUGCAGGGGCAGGAGAGAAGCCAAAGAAAAAGAGUGGCGAUAGGAAGAGCCGGAGGGCUGCCGAAAGAAGUUCCUUUGCACCGUCGUUUUUCCUGGAGGUUGAGAAGAGGGCAGGCAGCCUUCCCGUUGAAGUGAACGAGGCCGAUGAAAUGCGAGAGACCACCACUUCCAGGAAAAAGGCUGGCUCGGAAGCCGCAAAGCAGUUGUUGGAAGAGGCUGCAGAUGCACUAAAACUGGAAGCUCCUUCUGCACUGCCCCAAGCAGGAAAACCCAACGUGCCUCCGACCUCGGGGGGUGAGCAGGCUGACUUCCCUUCCUCAGCAUACCCCUUUAUCAUGGAAACGCCAGCCGAAGUGCCUGAACACCCUCCCACUUUUGAGGCAGAUGACCAGACGGAGGGAACUGCCACAUCUUGUAAAGGCAAGGGGCCCCAUUCCACCAAUGCAGAGGACUCCAUCAUGGCGGAGCCCAGUUCAGCAGCGCCGACGAGCAAGCCCAAAAAGAGGGCCAGCGACGGGAGAUGCAAAAAAUCUGGCAAGCAUCCUACAGAGCAGCCAGAACCCAUUGCCGAUAUAGACAGGCCCCCCAAGGCCAGCACAGCUAAAGAAACAGAUGAAGCUGACAAAGGCGACUCCAUCCCAUUGGAGCAGCCAGGUGGAAGCCAAGUAGCGUUUCCUGCUCUGAAGCUGAUGGAGAGACCUGAAGGAGAGAAGGACGAGGACUGUAGCACAGCUGCCAGGAAUAGUUGCUCUGAACAGCCGCCCGCUUCAGCCCAUAAAAUGAGCCCUGUGAGACCGGAGCCUCUUCCCAAAAUCAAAGAUGCACCUUCCACUCACAAAGGGCCGGAGGUUAGUCUGGCUCCCUUGGAGCACCUUGCGGAAGCCAUAACCACACCACAAGCACACGCUGCCCCUAAAGAGCUGGCUAAAGAGGAGCCAAAGAUCCCAGUUAAUGAGGGGCAAACUCCCCAAGUUCAAGGGAUAUUGGAGGCAAAGCUGGAUACUGCCGGACCAGUAGCUGCCUGCAAAGAGGGGAGUCAAAUGGAGAAGGGUCCAUCCCCCACUAAAGACAAGGGAAGAGCUGUAGACAACCUUCUGAGGGAUGCAGAAGCUGCGGGCCAAAUUCCUGUGGUACCGCUUGUGGAGGAAACAGCUAAAGGAGUGCACGAAGAGAGGACUAGAACAAGCAGCUCUGGUGUUGACCCCCUCUUUCGUUUGGGGGUCGAGGCAGAGGAGGUUCCGGGCGCUGAGAUCUACGAGAAACCCAAAGGGCGUUCUGACAGAUGCAGGAAAGAGGCGAGAGAUGGCAGCUCAGAGCUUGCCAGCAGGCAGGAUCCCUGUGCGAAACCUGCAAAGAGGGGCAGUGAUGGGAAAAGCAAGAAGGUCACCAUCUCCCCUGAGCAGCCAGUUCUUGCGCCAGCCAAGGCAGACCCAAGCCAAGGGCAGCUGCCCAAGGAGGCCGGGCUGAAGUACGCCCUGGAAGCAACAGAGUUUGUUGAUGAAAACCGAAACAUUAGAAACUUUCCUCCGGGGCAUCCAAUGCUUUGGGACGGAAACACAAUCGGCUUAUUUGGCCCCUUUGGCUCACCUGGCCCCGCUGCUCUUGAAGAAGCUAGUUUUACAAGCCAGUGCCCCUUUCUAAAAUACCAAGGCAGAGUCGUGGCAGACCUAAGGAAGGAGCAGCUUUCCCCUCCAGAAUCGCCGAAAGAUCCAAGCAGAGGGGAGUGGAAGGAUAAGCUCGGCCUGCAAGAAGAUUCAGCAGCAGGGGAAGUCAGAGAGGCCAUGAUAGAGACCUCCCUUUUGGUGAAAGCAGGUGACAAGACGAGGGAGAAGAGGAAGAAGACCAAGCAGGCUUCAUUGGACCGGGUUGUCAAACAAGAUGCCAAAGCAGAAGAAGACCCUGCCCUGCCCUCUGUUUUAGCAGAGGCAGGAGGUGGAGGAGUAAACCUUUUGGACAAAAUUGCCAGCUCUGGACUCCCUUCUUCAGAAAUAGCAGUAAUGGAGGAGAAGACGAGGGCUCUGAGCACAGUUGCUGGAGCAGAAGGAAGCCGCUCUCCUGGAAGGGAAGCCAUCGUCCCUCCUGCAGAACUUCCCACUCCUUGGGAGAAUAACGAAGAAGCUGCAGAACUUCAAGCUCUAACAGCAGCGCUGGUUGGCGGCCGUGGAGAACUAGAGGGGUCAAGUGAAGGCCCUAAAAUAGAGGAACAGAGGAUAUCUGAAUGCCCAGAGAGUUUAGGAAGGCAGGCAGUGGUAGAUAAGGCCACUGAGGAUGUACCCGCGGCGGAAGCUGCUUCUGCUAAUAAACCCCAAGACUGUUUUGAGCCUCUGGGACAAGGCGAUGCGAAGCUGCCGGCGCUCUACCAUCUGGUGCAGCCUGCCGGCCGGGAGGAAGCAUCAAGGGAGGCCGCUGAACGGAUGACCGCGCAGGGUAUUUUCUCCGAAACUGGCCAAAGUGCAGUGGGAGGCCUGCAGGCGGUGGCUGAGCAUCCCGACCGAGCGGCGAGGGGGACCAAGAGGGAGGAACGAGCCAGACCCGUCGAGCAGAUCAAGGGCUACAUGAGACCCACCAAGUCGAGAGGCCUUCCUCCUCCUCCUCCCCCGCUGCGAGCGGCAGUUCCAGAGCCAGGCAAGAGGCGGCCCGCCAAGGCUGACUGCUCAGGUCUGCACAGGCAAGAGAGAGCAAAACCAGAAGAGAUAAAGGCAGCGCCUGAGGUUGUGACGGCAAACGACAUCGUGGCCCCUCCCAACAAGGAGCUUCCACCAAGCCCUGAGAAGAAAACCAAGCCAUCAGCCUCUACUCCGGCCAAGCCUGCUGCAGCGAAAACCAAGCCCGUGUCGGCUUCCGCCGCCACCCCUGCUAAGCGGCCGGCUUUCACCACACCCAGCCAAAACAAAAAAGCCACUAGCCCGACUGCGGGUCUUGCUGCAGGCACCGCCCCUAAACGCCUUGCGACCAGCGCCACGCGACCCUCCACCUUAACUCCUAAAGACUCUAAACCAAAGGGGACAGACGCAAAGAGCGCAGAGAAGCGAGCCUCCCCUUCGAAGGCGCCAUCUGCGACAACCCCUCGGUCUAGUGUGAAAAGCAGCCCUGCCACACCCAGGCCAUCGACAGCGCUGGCCACCAUCAAGAUGGAUACAAAGCUUGCAGAUGCCAAGAAGACCACUGCAAAAUCCCCAUCAGCUGACCUGAGCCGCCCAAAGAGCGCCCCCGCCUCCGCCACUGCCAAACCUGGCGCCACCACCCCAACCGCCGCCUCCCCUGCCCUGCCUGGAGCUGCUGCUAACCGUCCCAAGCCAACUGCUCCCAGACUUUCCGGGACAGCCAACACAACCGCCACCGACUCCAAGAGGGCAUCCACGCUAAAAGCCGCCCCCAAGACGAGCCCCGUUUCCAAGCCCCCUCGGCCCACGACCAGCGUGUCCGCUCCUGACCUGAAGAACAUCCGUUCCAAGAUUGGGUCCACAGACAACAUCAAGCACCAGCCCGGUGGAGGAAAGGCAAAAGUAGAGAGAAAGGCAGAGUCAGCCGGGGCUGCCCGAAAGCCUGAACUCAAUGCAGUCUCUAAAACAGCUGUUACAAAAGAGGGCGCCCAAAAGCCGCCCAAUGGGAAAGUCCAGAUAGUCUCCAAAAAAGCCAACUACAGCCACGUUCAGUCCAAGUGCGGGUCCAAGGACAAUAUUAAGCAUGUCCCUGGAGGAGGGAACGUUCCAAAUGCCCAAAGGCCAGCUUCGGGCACCCACUCCCAGCUGUCCACCGGCCCCAGGCCCAGCCAGGGCAGUGCCAAUGUGCAGAUCCUGAACAAGAAGGUCGACCUUUCCAAAGUGGCCUCCAAGUGCGGCUCGAAGGCGAAUAUCAAGCACAAGCCAGGGGGCGGAGACGUCAAGAUUGAAAACCAGAAGUUGAACUUCAAGGAGAAGGCCCAGGCAAAAGUGGGCUCUCUGGACAACGUGGGCCACGUGCCAGCGGGGGGUGCUGUGAAGACUGAGGGGGGCGAGGAGGCAGCCCCACAGAUCGGAGCUGUGCCUGCGCCCAUGCCAGGCAGCAGUGCCACACAGGAGAAUGGCGUGGGGCAGGCCGCGCCCACUCAGGGCAGUGGUGACCAAAUGGAAAUUCAGAGCUUCGACACUCACAUACAAGAAACAAAUUGAGUCCCACAAGCUGCUGUUCCGUGAGAAGGCCACGGCCCGCACGGACCACGGAGCGGACGUCGUAGCCUCCAACCUCCCAGUUUUUUCCGGCGGCACCUCCCCUCGGCGCAGCACCUCCGCCAGCGAGAGCCUGGGCUCUG